CUUUUAUUUCCAAGUCCCGGAAUCCGGAGCUGGUCUGAUCGUUAUCACGCAUGGAUUAUGGUGUUAUUGCUGCUUUUGAUUUGUUUUUGCUUUAAAGGAAAGUUUAUCAGCACCUCUUUGCAGGUGGGCUGCGUUUCAGCAUCAGAGCCAUGAAUUGCUACUUGAUAAGAUGGGUUGCUUUCGUUUGGAUUGUGAACUCAGUUCCCUGUGCUUUUGGAAUGGUUGUGAGCGAACAAACAGGUGGUGUAUGUCCCUCUUUGAGUGUUGAGGAUUACAGAUUUUCUGAUGUUUUGGACCGUCCUUUACAGAUUACGGGAUUUGAUCUCACAGAAAAAUUUCUUCUCCGAAAGGGAACAGUUACAGAAGAACUGCCAUCAUUUCGACUGGGAAACAGCCCUCUUAUAAAACCAACAAAAUCGAUAUUUCCAGACGGACUUUCAAAUGAGUAUUCCCUGGUCACCAUCUUCCGUGUGAGACGAACUACAAAAAAAGACCGCUGGUACCUUUGGCAAAUAUUUGACCAAUCAGGAAGCAGUCAGGUGUCUGUGGUGGUUGAUGGUGAUAAGAAAGCAGUGGAGUUUUCUUCCCAGGGUCUGCUGAAAAACUCUUUCCGCUACACGUUUAAGAGUCGUGACCUGCAUGCCCUCUUUGAUCGCCAAUGGCACAAGCUCGGCAUUUCUGUUCACAGCGACACAGUUUCCAUUUAUGUCGAUUGCACGCUGGCUGAAAAGAAAAUGACUGAUGAGAGGGACAGCAUCGAUCUCAACGGGCGCACACUCAUCAGUACACGAGUGGAAGAUGGAAGGCCGGUGGAUAUUGAGUUGAGGCAAAUUCUGAUCUACUGUGACCCUUACAUGGCUGAAAUGGAAAACUGCUGUGAGCUGCUUGAACCAAAGUGUGGAGUCAACAGGACAUUUAUUGGGACCUCCCCUCCUCUGGUUACAGCCCAGAGUCCCCUGAUGCCGUCUCAGCCGACCUCACAAUCAAUUGACACAUGUCACUGUCCAGGAGAGAAGGAAGAUGCUGGUGUUCCAGGCAUGCUUGGGCUGUUUAAACAAAACGGGGAAAAAGGAGACAAGGGGGAACUUGAAUCAGAAGGUCAAAAGGCAAUCGAUCGAGAGAGGGGGGAUGAAGGCCUGGCUGAAAACCCAGGGCUCCCUGGCCCUCGAGGAGAUAAAGGAGAAAAGGGAUCAGCUGGAGAGCCGGGUCAGCCAGGCAAAGAGGGCAAGAGGGGACGGAGAGGAAAGCCGGGGGAGCCUGGACCAAGAGGCCCACCUGGUCCCUCAGGAGCCCUGGAGGGAGCAAGUGUCAAGUCACUGUCAGCGCUCUGCUCUGUUCACACGCAGAAAGAGAAGGGGGAGUGCGCCGUCCCUGGGGAAAAGGGAGAGAGAGGAGAUCCCGGUCAGCCAGGUGCCAAGGGGACUGGCGGUGCGAAAGGACAAAAAGGCGAUGUUGGUCCUCCUUGUCCUCCUAGUUCUGUGAUGACAGCUCAUGGGUUAAGACAGCUCUCUGGAACUGAUGAAAGAGCCCAGAAGGGUGAGAAGGGAGAUGAGGGCGAGAAAGGAGCUCAAGGACUGCCGGGCCUAAAGGGAAGCAUGGGACCUCCGGGACUGAAGGGAGAUCAAGGAUUGGAGGGAAAACAAGGUGUACCUGGAUCCAUUGGGCUUCCUGGACUCCCAGGCGAUUCUGGCGUACCGGGGGAUCCGGGGGUGCCUGGGAGAGAUGGCCUGAAAGGAGAAAAGGGAGACUCUGGUGGAGUGAUUGGGCCACAAGGGCCUCCUGGUCCUAAGGGGGAGCCUGGAGAACCUGGUGGUGCAUAUAUGAGUGAUGGGCUGUCUCUGAGCAGGGGGUCUCGUGGGCCGAAGGGUGAAAGAGGUGUGCCUGGAGUGCCUGGAGACCAUGGAGAAAAGGGAGAACCUGGAGAGAGUAUCAUUGGCCCCACGGGACCCCCUGGGAAGCCAGGAGCUGAGGGUCUCCGCGGACCACCAGGUUUAUCCGGCCCUCCUGGAGCUCCAGGAAGAGAGGGCUCCCCUGGUAGACCAGGUCCACCGGGCCCUGCUGGACCUCCAGGUGAACCAACUGCCCUGCCUAUCGUUGGAGACAUGGGUGCAUUACUGAAGAACGCCUGCAGUCUUUGCCAGACAAGAGUUCCUGGGCUGCCGGGGCAGAAGGGAGAGAAAGGUUCCCCUGGAGUGCAAGGAGUGGAAGGCUUGGUUGGAGAAAAGGGGGAUCCAGGUGUAAGAGGUCCGAUGGGUAAUCCAGGAAAAGAAGGCCCAAAGGGUGUAAAGGGAGAGAGAGGCUUCCCAGGCCCCACCGGAGACAAGGGUGAUGAGGGCCCUCCAGGGGCUCCAGGACUUCCAGGCGUAACAGGUCGAACAGGAGCCCCAGGAGUUGUAGGUAGACCUGGUUCUAUGGGCCCACAAGGAUCAAAGGGGGAAAAAGGAAACGAUGGAGCUCCAGGCAGACAAGGACUUCCAGGGCCUCCAGGUGCCCCAUAUGUGGAGGGAAACGGGAUGAGCAGUCUGUACAAGCUGCAGAGUGGUGGAGCUAUUUUAGGACCUCCUGGAGCGCCCGGUGCUCCGGGCCCAAAAGGAGAUGAAGGACCUGUCGGGGAACCAGGACCCAUGGGCUUACCCGGGCUUGAAGGGCUCCCCGGUGCCAAGGGCGAUAUCGGUCUGCCUGGUCCUCCUGGGACAUCAGGUCCUCCAGGGAAACCCGGAACACGGGGAGAGCCAGGGAUCCCAGGAGAGCCGGGCGAGAGGGGGCCCAUCGGAGAGACCGGAUUCCCUGGACCCGAGGGACCUCAAGGUCUUCCUGGGAGGCCUGGAAAAGAUGGAACUCCUGGAUACAAGGGCUUCACAGGUACACCAGGUGACAGAGGAUCCAAAGGUGAACGUGGUGAUCCAGGCAUUCCUGGAGAAAGAGGCGUUCAAGGUGAAAGGGGUCGCAUGGGUGACCCUGGCAUGGUUGGACCGAUGGGGCCUCCAGGUGAAAAAGGAGAUCCUGGGCCCCCUGGACAGCUGGGGAGCGUAAAACUCCUGGAUGAUCCCAGCUUUACAGAAGAACUCAAAAUCUUUAUCCAAAGUGAAGUAAUGAGGAUUUUUGAAGAGAAAGUGUCUGGUGCCGCCACGCAACAGAAGACACCUGCCGGCAUCUUAGCUUCAACUUUCCAAGGUCCUCCAGGACCCCCGGGCAAGGAUGGAUCCCCAGGUCCACCAGGAGAGCCUGGGCCACCUGGAACUCAAGGAUAUCGGGGUCAGAAAGGAGAACGAGGACAGCUUGGUCUGGGGUUACCAGGAGACCCAGGACCCACUGGGCCACCAGGGCCACCUGGGAUUCCUUCACAAGGCCCCCCUGGCUCUCCUGGGCCUCGUGGACCCCCAGGAAUUUGUGACCCGAAUGACUGCAUUCUUCCUACCUUGUAAGCAGAGAGCAGGAGUCUAAAAUGUUAUUGUGCGUUCCGAAGAAGGUUGUCAUCCAUGAUCUCCAAGCUGCAGCCACAGAGCAAAAAAAGUGGAUGACCUCGCUGUGUCUGACAGCUUCUACUGUUCUGCUGUAUCAAACGGACUCAAAACUGACCUCUUUUGUUCACUUCACAAUAACAUUUGGGUGCUGUGGGGGUUUUUUCUAGGUGUGCUGUUGUGUUUUAUUUUGAAUGCAGCCGAAAACUUCUUGCAGUGCUGUACUUUGAAGUAUUUUUCUUGUCUUUCCAACUCUUACUGUGAUGCAAUGCAUUCCUUAUCGACUGAAGUCGUCUUUCAAGACCUAGAGAUAACUGUUUCAUCAGGUUCAGCCCCAGCUGAAUAACAUUAAUAAUUAUUUGUUUGCCUCUGUAACGGGCUUGUUGAUGCACUCUUCUAUUCUUACUCGGUUAAACUGGCUGUAGGUAAGUUUGAUUUUUAGCUGUUUGUUUAUGUGUGAGAGAGAGAGAAAGAGAGAGAGAAUGAUCAACUGAGUGAAUGUACUUAUUUUUAAGCAAAUGUAAGUAAAAGGACUUCCUCUGUAACUAAAGCAGCCAGUUUGUCUGAUAUGGAAAUUAUUUAUUUUAAGUGUGCUCCUUAAGAAUGUAUUUAAAAGAUGGUACUCGCCAGCUAGAAAUGUAGCAUGGAAAACAUGUCAUUUUGUUUAGUAAUUAGGUUAUAAAGACAUGAGGUCAUACAAGUUUUAGUUGCUGAUAACUUUCAAUGUUUCUGUUUCUUUGAACUGAUGAGGUGUUUGUGUUUUUUUAAGAAUCCGUGGCAAAACUAUAGCUGAAGAUGUCUUCCCAUUUUCUGUUAUUCACGUGUCAUUACUGAGCACUUAUUAAGUUGCCAAAGCAGUUUUUUAAACCCAAGAAACCCGGCUGGUAUUAUUUUUAAUACAAGCAAAGAAUUAAGGGCAGAUUUAUUUCAUUACAUUAAACUAUUGUAGGGAUUCGUUUAUGAGUUUGGUUUUGUUAGAUAUAUUUCUCAUUACCUGACAAAGGAAGAUGUAAUAUUUCCAUGAAAAAUUUAUAAAUCCUGAGAGUGGUUGAGGCUAAUAGCUAGGCCCUGCAAAAAGAUAGAUUUUUCAAAUGGUUUCCAAAAUGUAAAUGCUCUUUGUGAUAUAUCUAUAUCUAUAUAUACAGUACAGACCAAAGGUUUGGACACACCUUCUAAUUGAGUUCAAUUAGAAGGUGUGUCCAAACCUUUGGUCUGUACUGUAUAUGACUGGUUGCACAGAUUAUUGAAAACAGUAACACAGAGACCGUUUCACAUUUUCUCAUUGUUAAAAACGACUUCAACAGCAGCCAAAAGAAGUCAUAUUUCUUUCUUCUUCCCACAUAUUUCUCCCUUUGCCCUGAUUUUGUUAUCAGUAAAUGCAAAAUGUGAAUAGAAAAAGUUUUGACUGAGAGAAAAAGUUUCAAAACACUCAAAUAAAACGUAAGCUGGAACAACUUUGGGAAAAGGCGUUUUUAGUCCAGAAUGUCAACAAUGUUUGUUGUUUUUAUGUAUGUUCCUGUAUAUUCAGGAACAUACAUAAAAUAUACAGGAACACCAGUUUCAAAAUAUCCAGAGUAGUUUCCUUGACUACACAGCUGAUUAUGUUUCCAUUCAUGAAAUACAAUGCUAGAUUAGCAAAUAAUAGAUGUUUCCACUUUCACAAGCAAAACAUUUGUUGCGAUUUUUACAGCCAAAAAACCUUUGUGUUUCUACACAAAUGUUAAUGAAGUGACAUCAGACUUAUGUAGCAUUUUCCAACCCUUUCAAAGACAUUUUACAAUGAAAUCAGUCGUUUUCAUUCAUGGCAAGCUACUGGAGUGUAGCAACAGCAGCCCUGGGGCAGUCUGACAGAAGCAUGGAGGGCAUUUUGUACUAUCGCCCUUCUGACAAAACAAGUGAAGUGUCUUGCCCAAGGACACAAAGACAGAGGCAGGUGAAGCGGGAAUCAAACCGAGUCCUAACACUGUCACCCCAAACAACAUAACAAUGCAAAGGUUGGCCAUUGUAUCGUUGCAACUGAUCUUGAGUCUGCCAUUUUGUUUUCCAAAGACUUGAGAGACCUGGAAAGGAACCUAUUCUCACUAAUGCUGUUGCUCAAAUCACAGCGGGACACGCUAUCCAAAUCCUCAAUCCGCUCUUGGCAGAUCGAUGAGUUGCAACUGAUAAAGUGAAUGAAUACAGCUUGCAGUUAAUCCAUAUAACUCUUAAAUACAAAAAACUGAAUUUGUUUAAAUAAGAGGGCUACAAAUUUAACAUUAGGUUCCCAUAGUUUGCUCAGUUCAAGGUGUUUCAUUUGCAGAAAUCUCAUCAAACUAGCAGUUAGCCUUCAACCACUCGAAGGUAUCCUUCAUUAUUUUUACAAACACUGAGAUGGCCUCUUUCAAAUCAGCCCCUACGAUCCAUUUCAAGGCAGAUUCUUCCACAAAAAAACAAAGAAUGUACUUUGAAAUAAUGUCUAUUUUCAAUUAAUGUAGCUCUUCAUUUACUCUGUACUUUGUUUUUAACUGUAAAUAUCUUUCAUGUGCUUUAUUUCAACUUUUUUCUUCUAAGUCUAACUCUUCUAGUCUUGAAAAGGGACCUGACAAUAUAACUUUAAAAGCUGGCUGUCAUUGUAACAACACUUCAAGGUUAUCACUUGUCAAUCAUACGUUGCUGCAACUGUACAAGAAUGUGUUGCAUCUGAGAUUAUUAUUCACAUACGCCGUUUACAUAGUGUCACGAAUGAUGAUUCCUCUGGUUUGAGUGUGAAUUAUUUAACUUCAUCACUACGAAGGAAAUCGGACUACCACACUACAGCUAACAGACGGUUGUUUUCAGUUUGGAGGAGACGUUUUACUCGUGAAUGUACUUGAACUGUCUAAGCUGCUUCAUACUCUACAUCCAGGUUUUCCAGUUUCUAACCAGCACUGUGUGUCAUCAUAAAUUGUCUGGCUUUUGAUUGCUUUGAGGCUGCUGUUUUGCUUUAUUUAUUUAUUUUAAGUUUUUUUUCUGAAUUAGUUUAAUGUGUUCACUUGUUUUGUUUUUAUGGUUUGAGAUUAUUGUACCCAACCAGACCACUCUAAUUUCUAGAAACUCCUUUGAUCAUCUGCAAACACUUUCUUCCUGAUCCCUUGAUUUGAAUUUACAUCCCGUUAGCAAAGAUUUAAGCUGCUAACUAGCUUAUUUUACUUCAAUUUUAUUAGUCAAUACAUAACAUAUUGAACAGCAAAGUGGUAACUGGACAGUGAUGAAUGUAUAUGAUUAAUAUUAAGCUUUCAUUUUCAGUUAUUUUUAAUAAGGGGUUUGACUGAAAAGCUUUACUUUUUUUUUUUUGUUUGGCUUCAGUUCAAUGUUUAAAAGGUUAGUGCUCUUUUGUGUGUUAGGAUAUCCUUUUGAUAAUUUUUUUCUGCCUUUGCUUUUACUUGUCUCAAGACUUUGACGUUAUGUUUUUCUUUUCCAAUCACACAUGACUUAAAUGCUGCAGAACAAUUAUUUUUUUAUGAUGCCAGCUUGGUUUUAUCAGUGUGAGGGAGUCUAAUUUUAGAUAUAAGGCAUCUAGCUGAUUUUAUUUGUGAGUAAAAGGAGCCCCCUGCUGGACGUCUUUGGAUUUCCAUCCACCUUGUAGUCUGCAAGGGAAAACCAUCUUUGGGUUUAGGGCCACUUGAAUUCCCCUUCCUUCUACCUAAUCUUGUCCUUUCAUCUUUGUAAUUUCUAUGUUUAGUUUAUGGGCUCCCACCAGAGACAAUUAUGCUGAUCUUGAUGAGAUUCAAAUGAGACAGCAACAGCAGAUUAAUGUCAUCUAAACUUUUUUCUGCUGUGUACUGCUGAGAGCAACUCCCACUGCCUAUUGAAUUUAGCAUGAAUUGUUAUUAAUAUGCUCCACUUUAGUACUCCCAUUUAUCCAAACUGUGAUAAGAAGGGAGGACGUUAAUGUCACAGCUCACUUCGCUACAAAUUCAAGCUAUUAUCCAUCACACCAAGUUAAGCUCAAUUUAUUCUAAGUGGAAAUUGUCUGAUGGAGGCAAAAUCAAAGGAGCAGCUUCCUUUGAGAAUGAAUCUGAACAAAAGCUUGCUAAAUAAUGUAAAAUUCACUCAAGACAAUGAACCUCAGAUGUCCACAUAUUUCAUCAUUGCUUGUGUUUAACUGUAAUGUAAGGUGAUCCUGUUGCCACGUGUAAUCUAAUCUUGUGAGCAAGCUUGUAAUGAGGGAAAAUAUGGAUCAGCCUCGCAGCGAGGACCCUCAAGAUUAAAAGCGCCUACCUGCUGCUCUCACUGAAACGUAUCUUUACUCUCGCAUAAGUUUGUCAUGCUGUGUGACUUUAACGUUUGGUUUUUUGGGGGGGGCGGGGGGGGUUAAAAGUUUUUGUUCAGUUGAAUAACUACCUCAUUCUUGGUUUAUCGCAUGUCUACGUGAUCAGGAAAAAAAAUAGGUGAAAUAUUGCCUUGGAAAAAUGGAAAAACCCUCAUGUGUUUAUGCAAGAAACAAUUGUUGGAUUUUUGUCAAUGUCGGUGUGAGUUCACUGACAAACAAAAAAAGAAAAUGUAACUGUGGUUACCAGGUAUCAGAGGUUGUAUUUUACUCUUUGCAGAAUCUUUUAUUUGCGUCUAUUAAUGCCAUCUGCCUUUCUGUGUGCAAUAAAUGUU